AAAGAAUACGAGACAGAGCACGGGCGUAUUAUCGCUGUUAACAUGGCCCACUUGAAACGACAGGCAGCAAGGAUGAAACGAGAGAGUGUCUUCAAGGAAAUUGAAACUAAUAACGAAGGUAAACCAAAAAAAAACAAUUUAUUCAGGGUACAAGAAUUAUUGAACACAUCCCUGUAAAAACGGACUAUUAUCAGCAAAAACACCGAAAACAAUCAUAAGUCUCAAAAGGUCCCUUUCAAGUAAUUGAUCGAAAGAGUUGGUUUUGUCCUGCCCUAUGGGGAGAUAUAAGUACUCUAGGUCGUUUAUUCUUCGGAAAACGAGAUUAGCUCCGGUUGAAUAAGUAAUUUGGCUCGAGUUUUUUUUCAUGAUUGUCUUACAAAUUGUAACAGUCAGCAAAAUUUUCAGUAAGCAUGUAAGUCUGAGGAUCAAUUAAACUUCAAAUCAUUUUUGUAAACGAUUCCUUUUUUAGAGAAACACCUCAAGCUAUACCAAGGUGACAUACAGCUUGAUCCGGAAUUGGAACAACUCCUUCGUAUCAAAAAGGAAAAGGUCAAGAGGAACGCAAUAAGAGAAAAAAAGAGGCUUUGGAAUACAAGGAUGAUUCCUUAUUUUGUCCCCAGUGAAAUGAGUAGGUGAAAAUUAAUUAAUCAGAGAAAAAUUCUUGGAAACCCAAAUACUUUUUUCAUGUAGAUUUUUUCCCUUACCGUUUAGCCUUAAGUCAAACCUUUCCUCUUAAAAUAGGCCUUUAACCACAUGCAAAUUAGAUCAAAGCAAAGUAACUCGGAAGAAGUAUUUUCCUCGGCUUUUCAUGUAGAGAAAUCUUCAAAUUUAGGAAUCUUGAUUAUCCUAAAGUUAAAAGGAAUUCGUAUUGAAUGAAAUAUCUGUAAAGACGUUUUAGAGUACAAAGCUACCGUACUGAAGAGAUGAUGGUUUAUGAAUUCUGAUGGAAAUAAGAAAUAAAUGAUGCGAAUAGUUUUCUAGGUUAUUUGUUAUUUUAUUAUUUUUACUCUUCAGGUCACAUAAUUCCAAACCUUAAUGAGGCGAUCAAAAGCUUUCACAAAUAUACAUGUUUAAGAUUUGUUCCAUACGACUAUACACAACGCAACUACAUCUUGUUCGGCAACAAAGAUGGGUAAGUAACAGAACACUACCCGCAGUGAAAAUGCAUAAUUUUGUCCAAGAAAUUGAUGAUUCGAACGCCCCACACGCCCUUCGUUAAUGUAAAGUGAAAAUCUCAAGAAUAGCUGCAGGGACAUAAGUCAUUGUAUUCGGUCGGAUUACGUUAAGUCAAAUACUGAGAUAACAAUAACAAGUGGCUAAUUAAUGAACUGUGAAACACAGGCUUUAGAAAAGUUACAUCACACGAGUAGCAUCAGGAAAUAAAUUACAUAGAGCCCUCACUUAUUCAGCCAUCGAGCAUUGAAGUAUUCCCUUCUAUUUUGCUUGUUUUUAAAUUUACAGUUUUUAUGCCUUUCUUGAAUACCUUUAUUAUUAUUAUUAUUAUUAUUAUUAUUAAGAGUUUCUUUAUUGGUUAGUGAUAAGCAAAAUUUAUUAUUGAUCCGCCUAUCUUAUCACGUUGCUUUAUUGACCGACAAGGAUAUUAACCAAUUAAUUAUGAAACAAUUUAGACUCUUACCCGAAAAAAGACAGGUAGAAAUGUACUUCAGCUCUUUACUGGAAUAAGCAUGCAGACUUACCCAGUACUACUGUUGAUUGCCCCAUCAGGUGUUCCAGUAUGGUUGGUAUGCGGUAUCAUUCAAGUGGCCCACAGGCUCUUUCCCUGGGGGAGGGAUGCGAUUUUGUGGGAACCAUAAUACACGAGUUGAUGCAUGCCAUUGGUAAAGAAAAAUAGAAUUUUGUCAGGCCUGGUGUACUUUUCUCCCUGACUUCACCCAAGAGUGAGCCACAUCUUGACUGGCGGUCAAUCGCUUGAAAAACAAUCCUCGGUAGUAUCUUCUUAAAAUGUCCUCUCAACCUAAACCCGAUGAGCUGAGCUUUGAAGAAGUAGAAUUUUAAGAGAAAAACGUCAUAAGUAUUACAUUCGGUGGUGCAUGUGCAAUAAUCUGACAAUGACACUUAUCACUGAGUAAUAUUGUAAAGGUCUUAAAGAGAAUCUAUUCCCUUUGCUCUUACUAAGGUGUGCUGGAAGAACAGCUUUUUCGAGGAACAAUAUUUUCCUGUGUGAAUCUUCCUUUCCAGACCAUUUAAAACACUUACGUUCUUGGACUCCACUAACUUUGCCAUUGAUGAAUUUAAGCCUUUUUAAUGUGUAUGGUUUCUUUCAGGUUUUUUCCACGAACAAGCCCGCCCAGAUAGAGAUAAAUUUGUAAAAAUCUAUUGGGAGAAUAUUCUUCAAGGUAUUAAUAGAAAUAGUUUUGGAAUAGCAGUCGUCGUAAAUGUCAAGUUAAAUCACAGUUAAAAUGACGGUGUGUUGGCUUUUUAUUCCACGUCAAAGAAAGCAUUUCCAUUCGUGUAAAUUUCAUUAAAAGCUUUCUGUUCAUUUCAGGAUCUUAACUUGUUUUGAAUUAAUUUUUUUUUUCUGUAGUUGCUGUUUAUUUCAUUUUCUUUUUCUUUAAACAUUGGUAAUAAAGUAUCCGAUUCACGAGGCAUCUGUUACUCGAGACCCGUUCAUAGUGUAUAUUGCUAACCUCAAAGUUUUAGCGAUCUUUCUUGUUUUUACUCUUCAGCGCUUCUGUCUGUCUAUCUGUCCGUCUGGCCUUCUUUCUGUCUGUCUCUCUUUCCGUCCGUUUGCCUGUCCGAGUGUUUUUCUGCCUGAUGUUCGAUCAUUUUAAUUUAAUUUUGAAUCUCAGAAUCUGAUGAGAAUUCUUCCGUGCUUUUCUAGGUUUUUCUGAACAAUUUGACAAGUAUAGUUGGAGGACUAUUGAUGAUCUUGGCAAGGACUACGACUUUGAAUCAAUUAUGCACUACGAUCGAAGGGCAUUUACAAAGAAUGGGUCACCAACCAUUGUCAACAUAUACAAUGAGGCGAUGGAGUUUGGUAAUAAGGAAAAACGACUGAGUCAAAGAGACAUCAUCGAAAUAAACACUUUGUACGACUGCCACACGAGUAAGUGAUAAACAUCAUCACAGUUGUCAGUUUUCUCACAGCUGUUCACUUUAUGAACCUGCUGGUAGAACAUUUUCUGGGCUGCGUGAGUCGUAAUCAUGAACCCUCAUUAGGGUCAUGAGUCCAAUAUCAUGGGUUUCUCAUUUCCUAGCCUAUAUUUUAACAAAAUUUUAGUAAAGCUCCCUUCCCCAGAUCUGUAAAUCCCUUUACGUUUUAAAAAAUAUGCAUGACUUUUAUUUCGAGCUGACAUUACUAUAGGAACGUCAAGUAACUGGCGGAAAUCACCGAAAGAAUUAUAUUUGAAUUACGAAUUUUCUUAAUGCCUAAUGACGAUAGAUGCAUAUUAUCUUUAACCAAGAUAUUAUACACUGCGGUUUAUAAUCUCUUGUUUUGACCUUUUAUCACAAUUCUCCACUCCUACCCUUUGACAAGUAUCAAACAGUCCUAGUGAAUCUUCUAAAGUACAAGCUUUUGAGUUUUAGAAAUAACUGAGCUUGUGAAUUUCAGCUACCCACCCAGGCUGGUCGUCCUGGUCGACCUAUACACCAUGCGAUGAGAACUGUUACAAGAGCAGGGAGCGAUAUUGCUAUAACAACGGAAACCUUCAGUCCUGUCAAGGAUCACCUAAUAUCUAUGGCAUCGAAAAGCAGACCACUAAAUGCUCAGAUAAAGAAUGUUAUGGUAUGGAUGUACAAAAUCUAAAGCUCAUAUUUCCCAAUUUUGCCGACUAAAUUUUAUCCAUCUCCAGUGCUACUUUUUAACACAUAUUUACAAAUGAUUUGUCUUUUACUUGAUAGUAUUCUUAAAGGCAUCGUACGGUGUUUUGCAUAUAAAUUCUUUCUUAGUAUCCCUUGUUUUGAAUGUGGGUCGCUGAGGUCGAAUGAAUAGUGCUAGGAAUACGAGUCGAGAGGUCUGGGCUCAAGACCUGACCUGGUCAUUGCGUUAUGUUCUUUGGCAGAACACUUUACUUUCACAAUGCAUCUCUCCGCCCAGGGACAUAAGUGAGUACUUGCGAAUUGUCAGGGAAGCCUGACGAAUUGCUUGGGGAAACCUUGCGAUGAACUGGCAUCCCCAUCCAAGGAGGAGGAUUAGUACUCCUAGUCGCUUCACACGAUGGAAAUCGAGUGAAGCUCCCGGGGCACUUGGCUCUCGUACAGAAUUUACCUAUUACAGACAUUACCUGUGUCUCAAUCAUUACAGGAAAGCAAUUCUCUCUGUAAAAUUUUUCCUGCAUCUCGAACAGCUAUCGAUGGUCAUUGGGGUCGAUGGUCAGACUGGUCAAGCUGCAGCGUAACCUGCGGUGACGGUUAUAGAAAGAGGUACCGAAAGUGUGAUAAUCCAGCGCCUGUGCAGGGAGGUCUAAACUGCCCAGGAUCGUCAACUGAGGCAGAUGGGUGCGUCAUGAGGAGAUGUACUCUCGGUAAAGAUUAUUGACUUUGUUUAAUACAUGCCGAUAUAAGCUUAUGUAGUUAUAUGUUUAUCAACGUGGUCGUCUUGCCUAUCGUAACCAGUUUCUUUAUGCUACUAACAUUACGUAGUUGGACACACUACUUCACCAGACGUUGCUUCAUUUUUAUGUCUAUAGAAAUGAAAAGAUUGAAUGUUCACUUGAGGAAACGUUUCUUCUAGAGAGAACGAUAGAACCAGCAAUGACAUUAUCAACAUGCGAAGAUAAAAUUCGUAUCUACGUGUGGCCACUAACUUAUCAGACCAUCGACAGUCUGAUCGUUAGCCACGAGUCAUUUAAUACUUUAGCCAACGUCGUCAAAUCAGGAAGAUACUUUCCGUGAAUAUUUUAGUACCGAGAUCAGAGGUCACAAUGCAGUGUAUUUUCAUUAAAGCAAUUCAAAACCGUAAUACUUCUGCUGAAAAUGUUUCUUACCACCGUUUCACAGAGUUUGAUGAUACUGACUUCGAAUCAAAUUUGGGUAUGUGGACAAAUGCAUAUGACGAUAAACUAAACUGGCAGAGACAUAGUGGCUACACUCAGACACUGAACACUGGACCAAGCUCUGAUCACACACUUGGUAAAUAUAAGCCACUUCUUAGUAAGAGAAGUAGCUAUGUAAGUGAAGACGAAGAAAAGAGCCGGCGGGCGUGUAGCAGUUGCGGUCUCCAAUGGAGAGGCCAUCUUUCGCGCGCUUUUUGCUCUUCUCCAUUGACCUAAAGCCAAGUGCAGGCUAGAUAAAGACAGUAAAGGCGAAACAGCAUCAGUGAAUUAAUCUCAUAUUUUCCAUGAUCAAUUAACAAAACGUGGGAAUUCUUAAAUCUUCGGAUGACGAAGAAAUGAUAUCUAUUUGGCUGAAUAUAAUUAUUGUGAAUGCAAAGGGGUUACACUUAAAACUGUAAGCUUGGGAACCAGCAAUCCAUUUUCUCAUGACCGUGCAAUUGGCCAAAUCAAAAAGGCCGCAUUACCAAGUACGAUUAUGAGGUGGUAUAUCAAAUAUUACCAAUCUUUCUAUUUUCAUUGAAAAGGAACGUCCAGAGGCGUUUACCUCUAUGUCGAAUCAUCUGCUCCUGCUCAAUCAAAUGACAACGCUAAACUGAUAAGUCCAUGGCUGAACCCAGUGUCUGGAGGCCAGUGUCUGAAAUUCUAUUAUAACAUGUAUGGGAGCGCAACGGGUGAGUUGAUGGUGCGUAUUGAGCCGGAAGGCAAGAAGUCGUAUCUCCUGUUUUAUGAAAAAGGCAAUAAAGGAAUGGGCUGGAAAGGUGUAACGAAAGACAUAGAAGCAGGUGUGAGAUACAGGGUAAGUUGUGUCUUGUACAAAGGAAUCUGUUCUCUAUUUCUAAUAAUCUCUUUUCGGGCGUGAUCCGAUCACGUAGCAAAUCCCACUAUAAUUUGAAUAGCUUCUGGAACCACGUCAUCAGAAGCCUCCUGAGAAAAACGGAAAGCCACUCCCAUCAUCUCUACAGGUCCUUUGACACCCCCCCCCUCCCCCCCUCCCUCCCCUCUCCUUCCCCCUCCUUCACUGGCGUUUUUAAGUCAUACUGGCUUUCAAGUCUAGGUAAGUAUUUCGCAGCACUUUUCAUUCUUUAAAUUUAUAAGACCUCAUGGUGACGACAACACUUUCACAUUGUCAUGAAUAUUGCUGUUUUGGGGACUGUCUUUAAAAAAUGAUGUUUCAACAUGGAUGUACAUUAAAAUGCACCUAUGACAAGGUACCCAAAAUUGUAACGACGCGUAGUCAUUCGACCUCCUCGACUGUCCCCCAAAAAUUAUCAUAACAAUAGUGACCCCAUGACUUGACCAUACGAUCAUAGCAAAUUAAUUAUUGUCUUUUCUUCAGCUGACAAUUGAGGCUCGUAUUGGUGGAACUGGUUACUCUGAUACUGCCAUUGAUGAUGUGUUCAUCGACCCUGGACACUGCGGUUGGUAGACACGUUUACAAAGAGAGUACAUAGAAAAAAUCACUUCGUCGUCUCCUUGGUUCCUUUUUAUUUAACUUUCUUCUAAAUAGAAGCCCGUGUGGGCCCAUACGGGUCUCUAGACAAAAUGCCGUAACUGUAAUGUGCUAAAGGCACUCAGCUUGUUUGUGAGGGGUGGGGUUAAGAGCUACAAAUAUUCGUGAAAAUGGGGAAGUUGGUGUUAUCUUUUAUCAUUUUGGCGCUGUAAUGCACAUCUUACCUUGUUUUUUCCCAGGUUGUCAGGAUACCUAUUAUAGCGGCUGCCCUAAAUGGGCCGCUGCAGGAGACUGUAAGAGCAACGAAAAAUGGAUGAAGGACUUUUGCAAAAAGAGCUGUAACUCAUGUCGUAUGUAUUAUAUAUAUUACGUGUCGGAUGUACAAUUAAACAGGUCAAAUUUAAGGAAAACGUAACAAUAACAGUUUCAUAUAUUCUAAAUGCAGUUGUGUUUGAUUCUAUCAGCGAUUAGCUGUCUGGACUCCGACGUUGCCAACUGCCCCAGAUGGGCUAUUCAAGGUGAAUGUGACACCAAUCCAUGGAUGAAGGAUAACUGUAAGAAAAGCUGUGGAGUCUGCGGUAAGUAUGGAAAUUAUUGCCCUCCACUGAUUUUGCUCUCGUUUUCAUUUAUUAAUGCCCUAAAGUAUCUAUCAUUGCCCUCUCAACGCCCCCCCCCCCUCCCUCCCCCGAGUCUCUGUUGUCUCGCUCAACACAUGCAGUAAUAUCAAAAACACGUGAGCAGUGUUUGAUUUCAUCUCCUCCACACACCUGGUUGAGAACACGACCCUGCCUGGAGUUUUGCUUAGGAAACUUGGGCUGAUGUUAAUGAUCAACAUUGUUCCAUGAACCAUGAAUAAAUCAAAGGUGUUCGGUUAUGUCAAUCACGUGAUCAAAAUUAAGUUAAGUUAAAGAGUUGAUAGAGGAAAAUACCAAUCCGAGCCAAUCGUGAUAUGAGUCAUUAAGAUGAUAUUUUCGAACCUCCCUCACGGUUCUAGUUACCCUCUUACAGGUAAAAAAAACCAUAAUAGGUUUCUAAAAUCACAAACUUACCGAUCAGUUUACCAAACAUAACCACAAUAAUACAAAGAAUUCCCAAGGUUUGAAGCCUCAGUAGCCAUUUCUUAGGUUAAAAAUUUCGAAAGACCUUCAACUGUCACAUCACACAUUACCUGAUACAUAACGUGUAAAAGCAUGCAGUAUUUUAUCAAUUGAAAAUUCUAGGAUGUAAAGAUGAAUCUAACAGUUGUCCAACCUGGUCAUCACGUGCUUAUUGUGAAACGAACUCUGAUUACAUGUUGGCAACCUGUGCUUUGAGCUGCAAAGUGUGUGGUAGGUAUUGUAGAUAUAUCUUUCAAACAUUUCUGUUAACUAGAUCUCGGAAAAAAAGGAAUCCAAAAUCAAGCAAACAAUCAAACAAAAUUAAGGAAAAUGAUUGACUGAAGCUUUUAUGACGAAUUAAUGGCUCCUCUUCCGAUAUCAAAUAUUUUUUUUAAAGGCGCCGCAAAUAAACAUAUUAAAAGUACCCAGCAAUCGACGAUUACAAAGCUAAAUCCUACUUUUACUUUCCGUAGAGGAGACUUUAUCGUAGACACGAAUUCGAUUCUGCAUGUAUUUAGAAUCCUCAGUCAAUAAACAGUGAUUUCCAGUCAAAACACCAUUCAUCUGACUGAAGAGAAAGCAGUGGUCACUUCAAGCAGUUAUGGCCAUUUUAUCCUCAAAUGUAGCUGCAAUUGAAUAAUGGCUAAAGGCCUGAUUUCCAGUUCCCCCCCAGAUACCGGCUAGGAGCGGGCUGGUGUAAGCGGUGAAGCCGCGUGGCCUAUGUUGAAAGUAUGAAAUAAAGCUUUUUUUUAAGUUGUGUGGAUGAAAGUAGAUGGAUAAUCGCCACAGGUAAACUGCACUUGACAAUUCUUGAAAAAAUUAAUAAUUCAUUUCAUGGAUUACUUGCUAUUUCUUUCUAACAGUUUGGAUCACUUGGACAAUAAUCUUGACCCCAUUUUCGUUUCUUUUCAAAAUACUUAAGUAAAAUCUAUUUCUGAGCAAUAGUUAAUGCUUUUUUUUCCUUUUUAUUGGUCAGCUUGUAAAGACCUUAGUCCUAGCUGUCCAUCGUGGGCUGAACAGGGCGAGUGUGGCAAAAAUCCAACUUAUAUGCUUGAUAACUGCUGCCGAUCGUGCCGUAAGUGAAAGUUAACUUUCAUUUUCUUUAUUUUUAUGUGUGUUAGCAACAUACCUUCCUUUUCUAAAAAACCAAAUUCACUGACAUUGAUGGUUCAUGUAUCCUUCAUAAUAAUCUACUCGCCAAUAUAAUUUAUUCCAAAUAGAGUUUAUCAAGCAAGAACUACCUAUAGCCAAAGGAAUAUUUGAAUUGAAAGUUGCCUUUGUUGACUGAGUUUUAAAUAUGUUAACUUCCAUCUCUUAUCACAGCCUUUUCCAUUUUUUGACAGGAUGUAAGAAUUGGGUGAAAGAUGGAGACUGCUCUGCCUGGGCUUCGGCAGGUUACUGUAAUUCAAACCCAUCGUAUAUGCUUAUCAACUGCAAGGAAAGCUGCGCUGUAUGUUAG